GGCCAUGGAGCUUCAAACACACGAAAACGGCAACAUGGAGGGUUCGCAGAAAGAUGCAAAUAGUCAGGUGCCUUCUCCAAUGGAGACUCCGCCCAGAGGUUUGGCAACUCCAGAGGAAGCGGUUGAUGCCGACGGUGACCAGCAACCAGCGAAGAGCAGGUUUACAUCCCACCAGAUAGCCACCAUCGUGGGCACCCUUUUGGCCGCGCUUACUAACAUGAUGGCUUUCUCGGUCAUUACGGUGUUCUACCCUAUUGAGGCAAAGAAAAGGGGAAUAUCACAGACAGUUAUUGGGAUGGUGUUCAGCGUAUUUUCCUUGUCAUACGGCAUAGGAUCGCCCCUAAUAGGCAAAAUGAUACCAAUCGUUGGUGCCCGUUUCGUAUUUCUCGCCGGUUCAUUUUUCACGGGAGGUUGUAACAUUCUGUUCGGGUUUAUUAUCGACAUGCCCACAAACGCUACUUUCACUGGGUUCAGUUUCGCCAUUCGCAUUUUAGAGGGGCUUGGCUCGGCUGCUGCGCUGACGGCAUCAGCGGCCAUCGUAGCUUCUGUAUUCCCUGAUGAUGUUGGCAAGGCUGUGAGUCUGGUUGAGACGACUAUCGGCUUUUCCUUAGCAAUAGGGCCAGCCGUAGGCGGCUUGCUGUAUAACGCUGCAGGAUUUAGAACUCCCUUCUUCAUCCUUGGUGGUCUCGUUUUGUCGACCGUUGUCGUCAACUACUUCUUGAUGCCUAAUGAAGGGAACGAGGCAGAGGAGUCUGGUUCUGUGAGCCGAGUGCUCAGUAUACCUGCCGUCUGGGUCGCUUUAUUCGCCAACUUCGUUGGCUUUGCAGCCACUGCGUCCCUGCAGCCAACUCUGGCAAUUUUUCUGGACGAGCUUAAUUUUAGUGUGAUGGCGAUAAGUCUGCUCUUUGUUAGCUUGGGUUUGGGCUACGGCUUAUUCUCAGUGAUCUGGGGUGCCAUUGCGGACGCAAAGAAAUGCGCUAGAAUACUAAUUGUAGUAGGUGCAUCCGGCAGUGGUGGACUGUUUCUGCUGUUAGGGCUACCGCAGAUUUUGCACUUGCCUGUGACCGGGGUACUUCCCAGCGUUACCAUACCCAUCUCAGCCGCAACGUUUACCAUGUUGGCUACUCCAACGUUCGUAGACAUGUUACGUUCUGCAGAGUGGUAUGACAUACCGAGUGGAAUAGGUUUGACUGCUGUUAUAUCCGGCCUUUGGCACAGUUCGUACGCACUUGGCUCAUUGGCGGGCCCGUUGCUAGGGGGCGUCAUCACAGAGUAUUACGGGUUCGGCUAUUCGAUUAUGACCAUCGCUUGUACCUCAUUCACUGUUUUGAUCAUCACGUGUCUUUUUGGCAUCUGGGAGUUUCGAUGCGGAAAAGGGAGGCGGGAACCACGCGAGGCUUUUUCUUCGGAGGACAACUCGAAUGAUCAGGAGAUGAGACUACUGUCUUCAAAGUAGAUUGACAAUUGGUAUAACUGUAUAUUCCUACAAAUGUACUAUUAGUGAGACACGUUGGCGUAGAAAGUUCGAUAGUAGGGAGACACGGGCUUAAUAGGGAGACACCUAGGUGUCUCCCUAUUGGC